AUGAGAAAAACUAAUUUUGCAGAAAUGCUGGUGGAUUCUAUGAACGUGCAAGAUUUGGAAAAUUGCAAGGCAGAAGGGAACACAGCCUUUUGUUUGGCUGCAAUAACUGGAAAUUUGAAAAUUGCUGAAAUUAUGUUACGCAAGAAUUCAGGGUUGCCAUGGAUUAGAGGCCAAAAAGAUAUGCUGCCAAUUCAACUGGCAUCUUCUGCAGGACACAUUCCAAUGACAGAAUUUUUAUUUCAAGCUCUUCAAGAGGACCUGCACAACAGUAUACCAUUCCAAGACCUCGUGAAGCUAUUUUUCUUCGCCAUCAACAACAAUAUUUACUCCGUGGCUUCAAAAUUGUUGGAGCGCUAUCCAAAAUUGGUUGUUGCCAAAGAAAAUAAUGUGGGAUUGACUCCUUUGCAAAUGCUUGCUCAACUUUCCUUGUUCAAGGAAACUAUUGGUCAUCAAGAUAUUGUAAGUUCCUUGUUUAAGGGGAUGGAACAAGAGAAAGAGUCUCUGAACAAUGUACAAUUGUCAAAAGCAAUGUUCGAUGCAGCAAAAUCAGGAAACAUUGUGAUAUUAGAAUUUCUUUUCAAGUACCAUCCAUAUUUGCUAUUUGAAGUGGAUUCCAGGGAGCAACGAAACUUACUUCACAUUGCUAUUCUAUAUCGACAAGAAACUGUAUACCGCCUGAUAUUAAACCAGGGGGAUUCCAAGAAUGUGAUGAUACAAUUGGUUGAUUUUGAGGGUAACAAUGUUCUUCACUUAGCCGGAAAGUUGGCUCAACCUGAAGCGAGAUUCGGAUUGCCGAGAACGUAUGUUUUAAUGCGUAAAGAAGAGAUAUGGUUUAAGGAAGUGGAGAAAAUAGUUCCACCUGCAAUGCAAACAAUGAGAAAUAAAGAUGGUCUCACCCCUAAAGAAUUAUUUUAUUGGUCACACAAAGAGUUGCACAAAGAAUCUAUAGCUGAAACGACAGCUUUGGCAAAUACUUUAAUAGUGGUGGCAACUCUUAUCAUCACCCUGGGGAUAAGCAUAUUUGUAACCAUUCCUAUUAAGGAUAUUGAUAGUACAACUACUCCAAUUUUCCGGAAGAAGACAUGGUAUACGAUCUUUUUUUUAUCAGUUGGAUUUGAAACAUGUUUUUGUGCUUCAUCUAUAUUGUUCUAUGCUUCAGCUAUUUUUCCUCCAGAUAUAGAACCAAAAGAUCAGUCUGUCCACGUACAAGAAAAAAAGAUUAUAUUUGGUAGCCUGUCACUUUUUCUCUCUGGUGGAACCAUGUUGACUACUAUAAUUUCCGGUGCCACCUUGAUCUUUGACUUCUUAUCCAAUUGGGGCCCUUAUUUCACUCUUGGACUUGGUCUUCUGGUAUUCGUGGUGCAUUUUACACUUGACUAUACUCUCUGGAGUAGCAUUGUUACCCAUUUCGUGCUAUCCUUUUCCAAGGUAGCUCUAGAGAAGCUGACAAGAUUGUUAUGGACAAUUCCAAAGUCUAUGGAUCCUAUCUCCCUUUGCCAAACAAGAAAGGCGUAA